GUCUUUCUUGCGCAAGGGGACGGAGAGAAAGCGAAAGGAAAGAGCACGGACGUCACUAAACACUGUCCUGUCACAGACCAAACGCAAGCAAGACAAAGGGAAAGGGGAAAAAGGGAAGAGACACAUAGCACACCACCCGCCGUCGCAAGAGCAGCAACCAAGGGUCAUCAAUACCGGCCAACUUCCUGCCUUCGUCGUCUGUCCCGAAACGUUAUUCGACGCCAGCAAGUAUCACGAAGAUUCGAGUAAACGUCAAGGGGACCAAUUUCGCCCUCGAAUUGAAGAACGACAAACACGAAUCCCCUUCAGAAGCUCAGCCAGCACACAAUGACCGGUGACGUCGAAGUAGCAUUGCAACACGAGGGCAGCGGUGAAGGCUUCGCUGCGGAACACAAUGGGCAAGAGGAGCCCCAGGCACGCACUUCCGGCUCCAGUGAGGUCGAAUCCGGCCAGGUCUACACUGACGAUAACGGCAGCUUGAGGACGUCUCUCGAAGGUGCAACGGCGGCGAGCACCGACGCUAUCCACGGAGAAAGCGACUCCGAAGACAAACCUCUGGGUUUGAUUCGCAGGGACUCGGGGGUACUUCCCGAGCCGGCUAUGCACGCAUUCGCCGCUGCCAACGCUGGUGAAGUGGAGGAGGACGAAGAAUCGACGCUGGGUUCCACCUAUGUCAAGCCUUUAGAAACUGUGUACGAAGAACCGGAGGCAUACACAGCAACCUCCGAGCGGAGUGCGUCCCCAGAGUCUGAGCCGGAAGUACUUCCAGUCCUAUCCACUGGACUGCAACCUCGCGUGUCAUCCGCCCAGCGAGGCACCCACCUCAAGCGGUCGAUGAGCACCCCAGCUAUGGUCGUUAACCGUCCCGCAACCCUCACCCGCACCGAUACUUCCGCCCCGGAACUCCAAACAACCGAGUUGCCGACGUUUGCCACCCCAACUCCAAUUGUGAGCGUCCGACCUCUUUCCCUUGGCGAGAUAGGAACCAAUAUGCAUGCGCCACCACAAUUCGCUGCAUCCUCAAUGUCGUCCCGCCAUGAUGGCAUGCCUCUUAGCGAUAACUCGAGAUCCAAGCAGUUCAACCAGCGGUUAGAUUAUAUGGUUGGCGAAUUCUUCACUCGCCAAGUCACAAAGCUCGCCACUAGCACUCCCUCCGGUAUGGACAGAGUGCAGAAAAUUCUGUCGCAGCGUGUGAAGGAAAAAUUGGGUCAACAAAUGGGCAAGCAGUGGGCGCAUGUCACUGCUCAACCCGAAGUCGACGAGGCAGCAAAGGAGAUCGAGUCGAUGUACAGCUACUUCUCUCAAUUGGAGAAGAUGGUCGAGAAGCAGCGGGCCUGUUUACAACAAUUGAACGAGGUAGAGGCGGAGCUGUCGCUCUUCUACCAACAGAAAGGGUACCAGGAGUCGGAUGAGGAAAUUGGCAAGAACCUUGUUCACCUCGGUGAGGCAUAUCACUCUGAAUGCAAGGAACGAGUGCCUGUGAUCAGCUCCCUGGACUCCUACCUUGGCUUCUUGAAGACGUUCAAGAGCAAAGCCAUCAAUGACUCGCGAGACACCAUCAAAACGCAAAAGACUGCCCGUCAAGAAUUCGAUUCUUACGCAUCGCGCUUAGGCUAUCUCGAGGAGAAGAACGUCCAACGCGCUGCGACACUAAGCCCCGGAUCCAUGUCGUCGAGCUCCUCCCGUCCAUUCGGGUUCAGAUCCAAAUCAUCCGAAGAUACACAGAAGUACCAAGAAAAGGAGCUGGACCAGACUCGCCGGCGGUUCCAGGCGGCAAAGACGAGAUAUCAAGUCCUCAGCACGCAGAUAAUCGACAAGGCUGGAUUAUUGGAGAUGAAGCGGGCUGUGGACUUUGGCGCUUAUCUCGCAAAAGUUGUGGAAGCGCACGACGCCCACAACGGAUUCCGACCGCCAAUUCGCAAAGCAAGUUCAGAGCCACUGCCCCUACCCGACGCUGUGGAAGCCACCGAGGAUGCCACAACCGAAGGCGUAACGCGAUGAGCCCAUGCUCCACACGAACAUUUUGAAACACCUUGAUAUCCCUGCACGAACCGUCACCCGAUGUAGACAAUCCCCCCGACUGCGACUACAUAUUGGCCCCUUUCCUGUGUCCUUCUCCCCUCCCUCUUCCGCCACUUUUUUCUUGUAGGGUCCCCAUGUAAAGUUUCAGACCCCCUUUUGUUUAUUUCUCCUUUUGCUUCUUCGGAAACAAUCGCCGCCCCGUUACCGGCGUAUUUGCACAAACUAGGUUCCUAGAUUUCUAUAGCCAUCGCAAAUCUGCCUUCCCUCGUUUUUAUGAGCGCUUCUAUGUAGCCGUUGUCGGCGUACCUAUAAUGAUACACUUUCGAUAUGA